AUGGUUGAACGAGAAGAAAAGGAGUGGACUCAGUAUUUAAAAUGUGAUGGUUUGCCAAAUCCAACAGAUAUCAAGGAAAUGAAUACAUAUAUGUAUUUGUGGAAUGAAAGUUUAGCUGAAAGUACAAUAGAAGAUGUUACAAAUCGAUCACAAAUUGUUUUAUCAAUUCGAAACGAUUUCCAAGAUAUGCUUGCCUAUCAUUUUGAUAUGGCAUGUUAUUAUUUUCUUCGAAAUAUGGAAACAAAUAUGGACUUGGUGGAUAUGAAAAUAUUAGCAUAUACAAAACGUACCGAUAAUUUUAUAUUAUGUAUGUGGGCGCCUAGAAAAUUACCUGAUCCGUUAUUGAAUCCUCAAACUUUAAUGGAUGAUUUGCUGGAAGAUACUCUACAAAUAAAUGUUAAAAAAACUUCAGUUAAUCAAGAAAUUGUUGAAGCUGAAGAUAAACUAUUAAAUGAAAUACGAAAAGAACUGAAAAAGUCAGUUCCACAAAAUGAAAUAAAUUUAAGGAAGCAUACAAUUUUGGGUGGUGUAAUUAAUUUUAAUUUAUAUUAUCAACCACCACAACCAAAAAUGUUGUUAAACAAAACUGUUGUCACCGCAAUUCAAUUGCCAAAAGAGUUAAUACCGAGUCCAUUCUUUUUGGAGUACAUUCCACCCCCACCACCUGAAGCUGGAGUUCGAAGACUACCGGAAGAAAUUGAAGCCGAUUUGAAAAAACAAGAGUUUGAAUUUGAUAAGCUUGUUUUAUUUACUAUCGACCUUCCAGACACUGCGUUAUGGUUUGAACCACCGUUAGUAUGUAAAUGGGAUGAUACAGCAAAUAUUUGGUCAACCAAACAUAUUCACGAUGUUAAGUAUAAUGAGGAUAAAUUUACGAUUCAAUUUCGAACUGGUUGUUUUGGUUUAUUUGGGAUUGCAGUUAACAGAUAUGCAAAUGUCCCAUAUCAAACAUGGGAAUUGAGACCGGAACCUAAAGGAACAGGUGUAAUAUUUGGAAUUACUGCUGCGGUCAUAAUAUGUGAGUUUCUAAUUAAAGAAAGUCAUGUAACAUUAACACUUUUACAAAAUGGGGCUACAAAUGCGUUACAAGAAUUUGUUGGUAUUCAAUUCAAACUAAAUGAACUAAUAAACAUUUUACAAAAUGGUGGGGUUGAUGUGUUUCCUUCCUUUGAUGUAUUUAAUUAUACAGAAGGAACCUGUGAAAAAUUAUGGCCAAUGGAAAAGCAUUUGUAUGAAAAUAUGGCGUACGUAUCGAGUAUAUACAAUUUUACUUGGUCACGAUGGAAUAAUUUAGCUGGUAAACGAUCAAUUGUUAUGCAAAUGAGGGAAUACCAAGACAAAAGAAAACAAUUAUCUUACUCAACUCUACUCGUAACACCUUAUGAAGCAUCAUUAAUUGAUAGCACAGAGGUCAGCCAAUCAUUUAAUUCAACAAAAACUCAUAAAAAGUUUUGUGCAGAUUUAUUUCAUUUGGUUGAAGGUGUAGGAUCAAUUAAUGCUCGAAAAAAACUUGAAAAUAUUAAUUUAAGAACUGUUAAAACUGUUGCUGAUAUUUUGAUUGCAACUCGAAUAUUAAGUCUAGCAUAA